AUGGCCAUGUGGAAAGACGGUAAAGAUUUGGGUGAGCUCGCGACUGUCGCCCGUCGCCUGUUGCCCGCGCUCUCCCGCUUCAGAGGGCUUCCGUCUCUGCCUUCAGAGGGUUGGCCUUCUGUGCUUCGCCAACUUCCAUCACCACACACACCUCGAGCUGUCGACGCCAUCCCUCCCAACCUCACGGCCUGA